AUUUGGGAAAUGAAGGGAGGAGGGAACUACUUUCCUGAAACUUGCUAUGCUGCACACGACUUCGAGUUGCAGUGAUUCGCCCGGAGGCCGCAGCUUUUAGUCCUCCUACCCACACGCCCUCACGGCCCGGGCAGUCCGCUUGGCUACCUCACCCCGUCCCUUCUCUGGCCCUCCGGAAAGCCGGAGGCCCGGGGAACUCGCCAGGGACUACUUCGCCUCCUUCUCCCGCGGGCGCCCCCGGUUCGGGCAGCGGCGGCGGCGGCGGAAGGAGCGGGCGGCGUGAGCGCUUCCGCCGCCCCUCUCGCAGCUCCCCUCAGGCGGGUGUGAGGAGCUGGCCCGCCGAGCCGCUGGUGGCCACCGGCUGGUGGGGAACUCGCAGCCACUCUCCUCGCUUUCCCGCCGCUUCUCGGGACCCUGCCCCUCGGCCGCACAGCUCUCCUUCGGUCCGGGUGGGGGCCAUCGGUUCGCCUGCCCCUUCCUCACACGCGCCCCGCCGUCCCCUCCUCCCCCUUCUGGAGCCUUCCCGGCCGGAGCGUGUCUGGAGGAAUCCGCUGCCGUGAGGCCCCUCGCCCGCUUCUGCUCGUCCCGAAGGACCGGCCCGGUCGUCGCCGGGGGCUGAGCGGGCAGCCCGCGGCGAGGCGGGAGAUGGUGGGGUGGGCUCCCGCAGGACCGCGCCGCCGCCGCCUGGAGCCUGGGCUCGGCACCCCCCCGCCGGCCCCCACCGAGUGGAGCCCUGCUUCCUUCUCGCCGCAUCCCUGAGGGAAGCGCCGCCUCUGCUCCUGAGUUCUCCGCCCGCCCGCUGCUUCCUGGCCGGACCCCGCCGCGCUCCACCCCAGUCGCUGGAGGAGCUUCUCUCCAGUCUGCCUUCGCAGCCCCCUCUCUUUUUUUUUCUUUCCUCCCAGCCUCCCUGGCCUCCUUGGAUCCCUUGACUGGGCGCUGAGCAGGGGGAAGAGGCUGGGGUCGCCACGGCAGAGGUUGUCGCCGCCACCCCCCUGCGGGGGUGGCCGGGGUUCCCGGCUGGGGGGGGCACCGUUCUGGGUGAGGCAUCCACCAUGGUGAGGCCCCUGAGCCGCUGCCCCCACGCCCCCCCGGCCGCCGCUGCCUCCUGCCCCUCGGUGCUGCUGCUGCUCCUCCGCCUGCUGUUGCUCCUCCAUCUCCAGAUCGGAUCACGGUGAGGGAAAGAUGAGCGAGGAGACGGCGACUUCUGACAACGAUAAUAGUUAUGCACGAGUGCGAGCUGUGGUGAUGACCCGGGAUGACUCAAGUGGUGGAUGGUUACCACUUGGAGGGAGUGGACUAAGCUGCGUCACUGUCUUCAAAGUCCCUCACCAGGAAGAGAAUGGCUGUGCUGACUUUUUUAUCCGUGGAGAGCGACUCAGGGACAAAAUGGUGGUUUUGGAAUGUAUGCUUAAAAAAGACCUCAUUUACAAUAAGGUCACUCCAACAUUUCACCACUGGAAGAUUGAUGACAAGAAAUUUGGCCUUACUUUCCAAAGUCCUGCUGAUGCUAGGGCUUUCGAUAGAGGCAUUCGGAGAGCUAUAGAGGAUAUUUCUCAAGGAUGCCCAGCAUUUAAAAAUGAAGCUGAAGGUGCAGAAGACAACUUACAAGCCCCUGAAGAGGAUACUUCCAGUUCUCUAGGGAAAGAUCAUCUUUUCCAGCAAGAGACAGUUGUUACCAGUGAGCCUUACAGAAGCUCACGACCUUCUCCCUUUGAAGAUCUGAAUGCCAGAAGAGUCUACUUGCAAAGCCAAGCUAAUCAGAUGAUGUUCAGUCAUCCAAGCCUAGAUAUUCAGAGCAGAAGUAUAGACUAUGUACAGCGACAAAUACCCAAGGACGGCGGAAGCCUAAAGACCCAAAAUAGGGUCCCUUUGAAGUCAAUCCGACAUGUCAGCUUUCAAGAUGAGGAUGAGAUUGUCAGAAUAAACCCUCGAGAUAUCUUAAUACGUCGCUAUGCAGACUAUAGACAUCCUGACAUGUGGAAAAAUGACUUGGAGAGAGAUGAUACUGACUCCAAUAUUCAAUUUUCUAAACCAGACACUAAAAAAUCAGACUAUCUGUACUCUUGUGGGGAUGAGACUAAGUUAAGUUCUCUCAAAGACUCUGUGGUAUUUAAGACACAGCCUUCCUCAUUAAAAUUUAAGAAGUCAAAACGAAGAAAAGAAGAUGGUGAACGUUCUCGCUGCGUGUACUGCCAGGAAAGGUUUAAUCAUGAAGAAAAUGGCAGGGGAAAAUGUCAGGAUGCUCCAGACCCUAUUAAAAGAUGCAUAUAUCAAGUUAGUUGCAUGCUCUGUGCAGAGAGCAUGUUGUAUCAUUGUAUGUCAGACUCAGAGGGAGAUUUUUCUGAUCCCUGUUCAUGUGACACUAGCGAUGACAAGUUCUGCUUACGAUGGUUAGCCCUAGUAGCUUUGUCUUUCAUUGUACCAUGUAUGUGCUGCUACGUCCCUUUGAGAAUGUGCCAUCGUUGCGGUGAGGCAUGUGGGUGCUGUGGUGGGAAACAUAAAGCUGCUGGAUGAAAGCGUCCAGUGCCAAAAUGAGCUAAAAUCUUUGUGUCCAGGAAUUAGCUAACUUGGAUUUGUGGAAGCUUUUGGCAAGCAAUGUGAAAUCUUGCCUGGUAUCAUUUGGGGCCACACGUGGAGGAAGCAGAAGUCGUCAGUUCUUGGCAUUUCACAAAUGCUAGCCAUGCCUAACUUUUUCCCUGGAGUGCAUGGCACAUUUUGUUACAGGUUGUAAAGAAUAUUUGCAAAAAGAAACCAUGGUUUAUUUUUGGUUAUUGGCUAUAUAAAGUGAGCAUAAAAUCUGAUCCAACUAAAAGGGAUUAAUUUUUUGGCAUUUUUGUAUAUUUAUGCAUAGGGUGAUGGGACUUUCAAAAGUUUGAAUUCAUUAAGACAUAAACUAAAAGUGCACUAGGGGACAGUUGAUUUCAAUCUAAGAAAAGUUAACACUUGGGAAUUGUAAGAAGUAAAACAAGUGCAACUAAAUCAUUUAUUAGUUGUUUUUUGAAAGCAGUUUUAUGUAUAAAUAACAAAUGUUUAUAUUUAACUAAAUAUAAGGUACGAAUUACAUAUUAAACUUUUCUUGCCCUUCCUAGUUUUGAAGUAGAUGUACAUAUAUCUACUGUCACAUUCCAUUAUAUUUUGAAUAUUUUACUCAUCUAGUUAUAACGUUUUUAUUCCAUGUGAAUGAUUUGAUAUUUUCAUCCUCAUUUCCCUUUGGCUACAGUUUAUAUUGAGUUUUAUCUGUACAUUCUGGUAAUCUAAAAUCCUUAAAAAAUAUUCUAAUAGCCUUGAGUGACCAACUUUUUUUUAAAGCACAGAUGUAAUUGUCUAAUGUUCUGAUGGGAACAUAACACUUAUUUUUAUAUAAAAAGAGACUGAGUAAACAUAGAAAAAGUGAGGUUUGGGGUUGUUGGUUUUGUUUUUUGUUUUUGUUUUUGGUUUUUUUUUUUUGGUUUUGUUUUUUUUUUUUGUGGUAUUCAACCAGCAAGUUCUUUUCUUUCAGAGUUUCCUCCUUCAAAAACUUAUAUUGCAUUUACAAAUGUUUUACAAGGUGAAAAGUGUAACUGGAUAGUUAUAGUAAAACAGUUUCCUCCUGAAAUCUCCAUUUAACAUUCUGCUAAACCAGAAUAUGUUCAGCUGUGUUACUAAUUUUUUAGCUUAAGUCUCAGUGCUUAUUCUCACGUAACAAUGAUAACUUUUCUCAGUUGCAUUUUAUUUUAUUUAAACCAGCCGAAAGCAAAAUUAUUUUAUGUUAAAGGGUGUGCUAAACUAUCCCAGGGAAGUAUUUAAUCCAACAUUGUAAAUAAAAUAUCUUGUACGUAUAAAUUUAUUUCUCUUGCAGAGCAUUGUACUACUGGAUGUUUUAUUUACAAAGUAAUUGGAUAAAUGUUCCAACAAAUUGUUUAAAGUACUUUGAGGUCAAAUUGUCUUUUUUUAAGUGUUACAUUAAAACUCUUAACUAAGUAAGGGAUUCCUUAAGAACAUUCCCUUAGAGGGAUAAAGUUGAGAAGUGUGCCUUUUUUUAAUGGCUUGAAGUUUCAGAAGUGAUAAAAAUUAAAAUCACACUACUGUUUGAAGCUCAUUUUCUAUGCAGGUUUUUAAAUGUCAUUUAUGUAAUCAUUCUUUUUACAUAUCACACUUAAACUUGUGUUAGCUUUCUUCUUUUGCCCCAGAUCAAACUGAACAAUGUAUAUAACACUAUCUGUCUGUAAAAUACUUUUUUUAAGAAAGCAUUUAUAUUUAUAUGACAGCUUGAACUGACAACAUUGUGUAUAUAGAUCAUCUUGAAGUAUUAUUUCACAUUGAAAAGAAGAAAAAUAUAUUGAUAACUAUAGAUGUUAUGAAGAAGAGGUUAUUUCUAGUUUUGUACUAAAAAUCAAUUGGAUGAACUAAGUCCAAAACAUGACAUUGUAGCAGCAGUUUUAAGUCUUAUUUUUACUGUUUAUAUAUUUGGAUGCUGCUACACCAGAUGAUCUUUAUCCCUUGAGUUUUCAGCUAAACUUGGUUUCCUAGGAUAGACUGUUAACUUUCAAAAUUACCUUUUAUUGGUGAAAUGGAAAUAUUGGUUUUCCUUGUGAAUGAAUUUUCAGACUUGUAAGUGCUGAGUUUAUAAUUCAGGUUUGAGCAAGGUGUGAAUAACUGAAGAAAAUAACUUGCUGGCUAUAUAGGAAAUUGCUGUGGAAAUGAACUGUGUAUAUACUUCUGGGAAGAACAAAUUUAAUCAUUUCUUCUGUUGAGCACUAAUCAGUGUAGUGCAACUCCUGGUUCUGUACUGUAUUUUAUAUGCAACAUAUAUGCUUUAAUAUUUUAAUGUUUGUGCAUUAAUAUUUUCAAUUUGUUUAACCACUUUGCUGCUAAGAAUUUUCCGUCCCAUCCCCAUUUUUUCCUUUACAAUUUUAAACGAAUUUCUUCAUUAAAAACUAUGGUGAUGAAAUCGUUUUUAUUUUACCUUGGAUCUUUAUAGUUUAACACACCCAGUUUCCAAAUCAGUCUAGAAGAUUAACUGAUAAUACAAUGUUUUCAGAAUCACUAUGUGGAAAUUUUCUCUUGAGCAAAGUAGAAUUCUUAUAUGAAAACAAACGGAUAGUUAAGUUUCUCUUCUUGAAUAUGUGUAUAGAUGUAUGUUCAGGAACAUUUUCUCAUUCUACAUGCAGAUUUGGCACUGCCAGUUGGCUUUUCCUCUAAAACCUUUCACUUUUGUUUUUAAUCUGGUAGUAUAAGCAAAUGGCUGAACAAAACUGCGUAAGUAGUAGUAAAUAUUGAAAAUGAAGUCAUCUAGAUGGCAUGACAAGAGUGACUUUGGUUUGGUCUGGUGGCUUGUUGUAUUCAGAAUUGAAAAUUCUUAAAUGAUUUUUCUCCUGCCUUGAUGGGGGAAUUAUUUGAUUGCGAAAGAAAUAUGAGGUGUGUAACUUCAGCACCACCUACUGGAUGAUUUAUAGACCAGACAUGAGGUGGCAGUUGGGACCUGACAGUUUCAUCACUACUACCAGCAAAGGGCUAUUUAAGUGACGGCCACCUCCAGAUGGAGAAAGCAAGAAUGAGAAAUAUCUCAGAGGAACUGUAAAACCAAUCUUUCCCCUAAUGUGUCUUGCUGGUCGCUGAAAGAUUUUAAGCACUUUUUUCUUACAUAUCCUGUUUUAAAAUAUUUAUCGAUAUUUGAAACUGGCAAUCAAGCUUAAUGGAUGUGCCGAAGCAUUUAUAGAACCAAUCCUUUUAACUUGCAAAAGCCAUUGCCAAAAUGGUAUUAUUUUUCCUCCCAUUAACCAGUCAGGGAGAAUUUUUUUAAAUAUAUAUAUAUAUAUAAACGUCACUGUAUUUCAUCAUGACAACUUCAGAGAGUGUGUGUAUGUCUCUGGGAUGAUGUUGGGCAGGGGUUAAAAUUUAAAGGGGAAAACUUAAAACUACCUAAUUUCAUUGGUUAUUCAGCAGUGCCUAAAAUGAACUUUUGAAGUAAUACAAAUGCACUUUCAAUUCAUGUGUAUAGUGCCAUCUGGUAUCUUGGGUAAGUCUUGCCUUUUCUUUUUCUCUUGCCAGCACCCCCUUAAUUGAAUGCCACAGAGAAGUUUCUUAAUAUCCAGCUAAGUCUCCAAAGUACAGGAAAUGUAUACUUUCCUCAGAUGGGCAAUUUAAAUAAUCUUAAGAAUGUUUGUUUUGUUGAAAUUUACUUUAGGUUUUGUGAUUACACUUUGGAAUAUGUGUUUAAGAUUGGGUUUUUAGUUUUAGCCCAAAGAUACAUUAAAUAGAGACAUUUUUCUACAUAAAACUUUGAAAAAUUUAGUUACCUGUAAAUUAGAUUCUUCACUAAAUAUUCUCAUUCUUAUAUUGAUUUCCAGGAUCACAUUUUGAAGUAUAAGGGGGAGCACUAGAAACUUGCAUCAUUGUUGCACUAAAAAGGGGUGUGGGUGUUGAUCUUUAUACACCACAAUAAUAACAGUACCAUAGGGUGUUUUACAGUAAGUCAAAAGAAAAAUCACAACCUGAGGUAAUUUAUAUAAAACAAAAACAAAAACCAACAAGAAAAGGGCUUUACAGUAUUAAGGUACUGUUUGCCUAGCAGCCAGGUGGUUAUAAAACUUUCAUAUGCUUUGAUACACUGAUGUUAGCCAUUGUUCCUGAAAGCUCCUUAAAUUGCAUAAGUUGCUAGUUUUGAAAUUUUUCAAGAAUAAUCUAGUUGAAAAGCCUUUGUAUUAAAGAUACACAUAGAUUUUUGUGAGCAUUGCCAGUAUGUAGUCAUUUGCUUUCUAUUUUUGACCUCAAAAGUGCCUCACUUGUAUAUUAUUUCCAUUAAAAGCUUGAAUGCAUUCUUUCUAAUAAGCAAUGAAAAAUUGUUUAACUCAUGUCAUAAUGUAUCUCCUUAGAUAUAGUUGACUAGCUUGAUAGUUUUGGAUAUAUUCUGUAAAUAUGCAUAUAUAAGUUUGUAACUGUUUCUGUUACAUCGUACCCAUGUAAUUGGACAUACCAGAUGAUAUCAUAAGAACUUGUUUUAAUUACCUGAUUAAACCUAUCAUGAAAUAUAAAAGGACUUUUUCUUACUCUUCUAGAGGAUAACUAUCACAUGAGAGAUAAUUACUAAAGGAGAAAGCAGUAGAAAUGGACGCUUUUGAUCAUAAUUUUUUAAGGUAUAUUUUUAACUGAAAGUUCAUAUAUAGUUCAUUUUAAUAACUUAUUUAUUCGCUCCUGAUUGUAUCAAGAAUUUUUUUUUUACAGUUUGUUACCUAAUACAUUAUAUUUAUGGUUUGGGAACAUGUUACUGCUAAGUCUGGAUUAACCACCUUAAAUGAUAUCUAGGGAAUCUUUAACCCACUACUACUCUUUUUUUUUUUUUUUUUAAUCGUCGGUUUCAAAGUUACACUUAACUUGUAAUAUAAGCAAAAGUAAUCUAAAUGAAAAAUUAUUAGGACAGUACUGUACUCAAAAAUCAAAGUAUUUCAACACCAGGGUAACUUUUGGAUUAUUAUAUUACAAUUGUAUUUAUUUGAAAAAUCAAGAAUUAACUGUAUACCUUUAUCAUGAAUUAUGAAAUGUAGUCUCGUGUGCUUAUUUACAGGUUUUCAGAAAUUUGCUUUAUAUUCUUCACAUCAAGUUAAUACCGACAAGUAAGUAGAAUAGUUUUUACAUCAGAGAAAUUGAAACUAGGGUUUCUGCUUGGCUGUCAAUAUAGUGUCAUGCACACAGUGGUCCUUAAAACAUCAGCAUUAAUAACAUGAAAGCUGGAGUCGACUUCUUUAAAAUUAACUGCUCUAAGAUUUGCAGUUUUAGAAGGAUCCUUUAAAUAAUGGCUCAAAAAAAUAUAUUCAUAAUAAAAGUCUAACAAAAUCGUA